GAUGGAGUACGUGGCGGUGGCGAGGUCUCUGACUCCGAUGAGCCGCAGGACUCGCCAUGCCCACCACCUCCAGCUCGUCGCCGAUCCUCCUCUGCAGGCUCCGCCUCCUCCUCUUCCUCCUCCGUUGCAGCCCACGACGGCAGGCAUCGGCGUCGGCAACGGCAACGGCAACGGCAACGGCGUGCAGGUGCAACGACAACAACAACAACAGAGCCAGAGGCGCAUGGAUCUUGAGCAAGAGGUGUCGGAGCUGAAGCAGCAGCUGAGCAACGAGCAGACGGUGCACAACAUCCUCGAGCGCGCCCUGCACGCCCCGGCCAAUUCAUCAACCUCGGCGCGCUCCGUGCUCCUCAACAUCCCGGCAUUCAUCCCAUCCAAGGCCAAGCAGCUGCUCGCCGAGCUCGUGCUCGUCGAGGAGGAGAUCGUGCGCCUCGAGUCCCAGAUACACACCAUGAAGGGCAGCCUGACGGUCUCGCAGCAGCAACGAGCAUCAGUUUCAAUGGCGUCCAGCACGUACUCCUACCCGGCAAGUGUCUACACCAACAACAAUGGCAACCCGCUGAGUGUCUACACCAACAAUGGCACUGGCAGUGGUAAUGCCAGCAACGGAGGAGAAGCGGCUACACGGGGUAACGGCACGACGUCACACUCGGCUCCGGCGUCGGCUCGUCAUGGCAACAACAAUGUCAAUGGAGAAGCUACGGUAGGUAACGGUACACCCACGCACACGGCGCCCACGUUGGCUCGUCAAGCCUCGGAUCAGGCGGCGCCGGAGAUCAAGUCCAUGUUCUUCAUCAGCCAGGCCAUGAACGCCGAGUACCUCCAGCGUCACCUUGCGGCCACCGCCGCUGCUGAUGACAAGCCGGCCAAGAGCCCGAGAGAGCAGGCCAGAGGAUCAUCAGGCUCCGCCACCGCCGUCAGCCCGAAGCUCAACGGUAACAUCUUCGGCCUCCCGCCAAGAAACUCCCUUGAAAAGCAAUCGGACCGAGCACCCGAAAAACCUCCAAGAGUCUCCCAACAAGCCUCGCCGCCGACGACGAUGACCAAGAGGGACGAGCAGGCCAAGGUGCAACCGAACAAGCUGUCGGAGAGGAUCGUGAAGUGCCUGGCGGUGAUCUUCAUCAGGCUGCUCCGGUCAUCGCGGGUGGCGGAGAUGGAGAAGUCCGGCAACCUGGCCAGGUCCGGGAACCUGCAGGGGAGCUUCCGGAUCGACGCGACGCUGAACGUGGCGGCGGCCAAGGAGAAGGACCAGAGGGGGCAGCAGGACCACUACGGCAUCUUCGGGGUGCCGGACUCCGUUGUCAGGGACAUCGGCCCCUACAAGAACCUCGUCAGGUUCACGUCGAGUGCCUUCGACCUCAGAGGGUUCUCCAGCUCCCCUCUGCUCACCAAGCUGAGGGAGAUGUUGGAGGCCUUGCAGCAGGUGGAUUUGAGGUUUCUGACGCACCAGCAGAAGCUAGCGUUUUGGCUCAACAUUUACAACACAUGCAUCAUGCACGGAAUCCUGCAGCAUGGUUUGCCCUCAAACUCUGAGAAGUUGCUGGCACUGAAGAACAAGGCAACCAUCAAUGUUUCAGGGCAGAAGUUCAAUGCUCUGGUGAUUGAAAAUUUCGUCCUGAGGCAGCCAUCCAGUGUGAAAGAAGAAUUCUGGAAGUGCGAUGUCGAUGUCGAAGAACAGCGGGUGAGGGGUCUCUACGGAUUGAAUAGCUCGGAGCCAAACAUUCUGUUUGCGAUGUGCUGCGGCACCAGAUCUUCACCAGCGCUGAGGAUAUACAAGGCGGACCGCGUGAUGAUGGAUCUGGAGAAGGCGAAGCUGGACUACCUGCAGGCGUCGCUGGUGGUGACCUCGACGAGGAGGCUGAUGAUCCCGGGACUGAUACACUCCAACAUGCACGACUUCUCCAAGGACAUGGAGUCGCUGCUCAGGUGGAUCUGUGACCAGCUACCGACAUCUUGGUCUCUCAGAAAAUCCAUGGUGGACUGCCUGAGGGGGCACCAGGGCCACCUCAAGGUUGAAGACGUCGUGGAGGUGAUCCCAUAUGACUAUGAGUUCCAGUACCUGUUGCCCAUGUGAACACAUAUGUUAUUGUUGUAACUUAAGUCAUAAGUGGCACCGCAAAUAUGUCGUACAGAUUACAAUGUAUAUAUUGUUGUCUUAGAGGUGGAAAAGGGUGGUUUGAUGCAUAUAGUUUUUUGUGAUGAAAAUCUUUAUAUUUUGUAUCAAAAUAAUGAAAAUAGUUAUCAGGGCGUCUUUUCUUGUGCGA